AGUGUGCCCCCUUACAUUAGGUGUGCACAUCAGAGUGCUCCUUUAAAUCAGUUGUCCCCAUCAGAGUGCCCCUUUACAUCAGGUAUCCCCAUCACAGUGCCACCUUACAUCAGGUAUUCCCAUCAGAGUGCCCCUUUACACUCAAAGUACCCCUUUCCAUCAUAUUUCCCCAUCAGACUGCCCCUUUACAUCAUAUUCCACAUUAGAGGGCCUCUUUCCAUCACAUGUGUCAAUCAGACUGCCCCUUUUCAUCACAUGUGCCCAUAAAAGUGCCCCUUUCCACAGUAUGUGCCCAUUUGUGCCCCCUUA